AUGGCGGCGGGGAAGAGCCCGGAAAUGAUGGUGGCGGAGAAGAUCCCGGACACGGCGAAGAAGAGUCCGAACAUGGCGGAGAAGAGGCGCCCGUCGUUUCUCCCCACCUCUCCUCUCGCUGGAACCAGCGUCUUCGCCUCCCUCGUCGCGGAGUUCGGGGCCGCCAGCGUCUUCGCCUCCCUCACCCCCGCCGACCUCGUCGCUGCCCUCUCCCUCUGCAACGAGGACGGUCCCCUCGUCCACGUCGCCGCCACCUCCGGCCACCCCAAGGCCGUCACCGCGCUUGUGGCUGCGGGGGGCGAUGCCGUGGCGAGCGCCGUGAAUGGGAAGGACGAGGAAGGGUGGGCGCCGAUUCACUCCGUGGCCAGCAGUGGCAGCGCCGAGAUCGUCGACAUCCUGCUCGAACACUGUACAUUUGGUAUCGUUUAA